GGAGCCUGGCGGACAGUACUGAAACUGACGGGAAUGACACUAAACCACCUCUCCUGCGUUCUGAGCAACCGGCACCGAAUGCAUGCCAAAACAAGGCUAAACAAAGCGAUGGAAACUGCAGUCAACGUGAGACCGACAGUCUGAACAUAACGCCAAACAAACACACCCAGAGUAAACAUCAAUCUCGUUGCUUUUGCCACUGCAUAGCGAGCUGACAGGCUAUCCUAUAAAGCUAGCUAGACGACUACAGGAGAUCCGCGAUGGACACGAGAGACACAGCCCCUGAUUCGUGGGAGCUGGAAGAAGAUGCCGAGGCCCCGGCUGCCGCGGAACUCCAGUCCGCUUUCGCCGCUCUCAACGUAAAUGCCACGCCAUUUGUCCCAAAUGUGAACGCGGCGGUGUUUGUCCCGACUUUUCCACAAAGCAGUCCUGCAGAAACAUCAGUGUCUGGCGGUGACGGUGCCGCAGAUACAAUUGCCUGUAUGGAGGUGACAGAAUCAGUUGCUCCUGUGGAAAACGGAGGCACGGAGACGGAGGUUAUGGCAGAGCUUGUGGAGGAGGAGACCUGGGAUCAGAAGGAGGAGUCUGGGGACGCUGAGCCUGGAGGGGGUGGAGGAGGUGGAGGUGGAGGAGGAGGGUCUCAAGGGGCUGUGGAGGAGAUACAGGGAAGGGGGGAGGAGGAAGAGGAGGAGGAGGAGGAGGAAGAGGAGAUGAUGGAGGAGGAAGAGGAGGAAAUGCCCAUGCCAAAAGUAGCCCCCUCCCAACCGGACGCCCCCAAGAAAGAGCAUGUCAACGUGGUGUUCAUCGGUCAUGUCGAUGCUGGCAAAUCAACAAUCGGAGGACAGAUCAUGUACCUGACAGGAAUGGUGGAAAAAAGAACCUUAGAGAAGUAUGAACGAGAGGCUAAAGAGAAGAACAGAGAGACAUGGUACCUGUCGUGGGCGCUGGAUACCAACCAGGAGGAGAGAGACAAGGGCAAGACUGUGGAGGUGGGCAGGGCCUACUUUGAGACGGAGAAAAAGCACUUCACCAUCCUGGACGCGCCCGGUCACAAGAGCUUUGUGCCCAACAUGAUUGGCGGGGCAUCUCAGGCUGACUUGGCAGUCCUGGUUAUCUCGGCCAGGAAAGGGGAGUUUGAGACAGGUUUUGAGAAGGGCGGCCAAACACGGGAGCACGCCAUGCUGGCCAAAACAGCCGGAGUUAAACAUCUAAUCGUGCUUGUCAACAAGAUGGAUGACCCCACUGUCAACUGGAGCCUGGACAGGUAUGAGGAGUGCAAGGAGAAGCUGGUGCCCUUCCUGAAGAAGGUGGGCUUCAACCCAAAGAAGGACAUCCACUUCAUGCCCUGUUCUGGGCUUACAGGGGCCAACCUGAAGGACCCAGUGGAGGAGUGCCCUUGGUAUACGGGCUUUCCAUUCAUCGCCCACUUGGACAGCUUGCCAAGCUUCACCAGACCCAUGAACGGACCAAUCAGACUCCCCAUCGUAGACAAGUAUAAGGACAUGGGCACAGUGGUCCUGGGCAAGCUGGAGUCAGGCUCAAUCAGCAAAGCUCAGCAGCUUAUUAUGAUGCCUAACAGGCACACCGUGGAGGUGCUCAGUCUGCUGAGUGACGACGUGGAGACGGACGAUGCCACCCCCGGGGAGAACCUCAAACUGAGGCUGAAGGGCAUCGAGGAGGAGGAGAUCCUGCCUGGCUUCAUCCUCUGCAACGCAGAGAACCUCUGCCACUCCGGACGCACCUUCGAUGCCCAGAUCGUCAUCAUUGAACACAAGUCCAUUAUCUGUCCAGGUUACAAUGCAGUCUUACACAUCCACACUUGUAUUGAAGAAGUACAAAUCACAGCCUUAAUCUGUCUGGUGGACAAGAAGACGGGGGAGAAGAGCAAAAUGCGGCCUCGCUUCGUCAAACAGGACCAGGUGUGCAUCGCCAGAUUACGGGCAGCAGGGACCAUCUGCUUGGAAACUUUCAAGGACUUCCCUCAGAUGGGAAGGUUUACCCUCAGAGACGAAGGUAAAACCAUUGCUAUAGGCAAGGUGUUGAAGCUGGUACCAGAGAAGGACUAAAGGACAGUAACUUGGAGAUCCUGGAACGGGCGUUUUGAUCGAGGAGAAAGCAGCAGACCCAGCUAGCCACUCUCUCUCUCUUACACACCGUUAUCUAUGGAGGGGGGUGAGGAAGAGGAGAACACAAAUGUGAAAGAAAAAAAGAAAGACUGAAUCAGUUUUUAUGAGGAACAAUACUAAUCGCAAGACCAGUCCAGUGUGUCAGCUUUCUCAUAUUGAGACCUCAGCUAUGCCACUAUUGUAGCUAACUAACACCCUGUUUUCUGGCCAACCUCAUGUUUAGCUGGCCCACAUUUGUUUUGGAAUGGAUGCAGAGGUGCUUUGUUUGGGAAUAGUGGUAUUGAUCUGAUAUUGUGUGUGGAUCACAGUUAGUCUAUAAUCAUGAUUUGCAAGUAAAUCACUACAUUGAAGAAAACAAUGCCAAA